UUUUCUCCUAUUGAUCAUCAUUAAAAAAACUUUUUUUUUUCGUCGAUAUAAAUUGUCGUGAUCAUUUUGUGCUUUUUUGGAUUUCCUGAUUGUGUGCUUGUGUGUGUGUGUCGGGACUGUGUGUUUUCGUUUUUAUUUUAUCUGAUCAUUUUUUAAUUUUUUUUUGUUGUUGUGACUAAAAAUUCAAUGAAAUAUGUUUCCGUUUGAUAAAUCCAUCAUUCUGUUCUGUGUAUUGACCGUUGGUCAAAUUGUUCGAGCUCAAUAUGGAGGUGGUGGUGGUGGUAAUUAUGGCGGUGGUGGAGGAGGAGGAGGUGGUGGUAGUUAUGGUGGAGGCGGAAAUUAUGGCGGCGGUGGUAUGGGAUAUACUUCAUACAAACCAGAACCGCCACGGCAAAUGCGACUCAACUUGGGCAUUGCAGUUCCACCAAUUAUUCUCAAGAUGCCACGUAUGGAAUUCCCACAAAUGUCAAUUCGAGCCAAUUUCAUGAAACAACCGUAUGCAAAACCAUUGGAAGUUAAUAUGCCGCCUCCACCACAAAUUCAAUUCGGUGAUGAUAAAACUUACGGUACCGGCGGAUAUAGUAAAAAUUCAGGUGGAAGUUAUGGAGGUGGAGGAGGAGGUGGUGGUGGUGCUUCAAUGACAUAUUCUGAACCUGCAAGUGGAUACAGCGGCGGUGAAGCUUCGGGUGGUUAUGGUGGGGGAUCUGCUCCAGCUCCACAAAUGGGCGGAUACGGUGGCGGUGAACCUGCUCCAUCUCCAAUGGGUGGAUAUGGUGGUGGUGGUGAACAGGCACCAUCUCCUAUGGGUGGUUAUGGCGGUGAACAACAACAAGCUCCAGCUCCCAUGGGUGGAUACGGCGGUCCUCCACCAGCUCAAAUGGGCGGUUAUGGCGGAUCUCCUCCAGCUCCGAUGGGAGGUUAUGGCGGACCUCCUCCAGCUAACAUGGGCGGUUAUAGCGAACCUUCUCAAGCUCAAAUGGGAGGUUACGGUGGCCCACCUCCAGCCCAAAUGGGCGGUUACGGCGGAAAUUCAAUGGGCUAUGGUGGCAUGCCAUCUUCUGGCGGUGGCUAUGGCGGACCGUAUGGAACAAUGUCAAAUGUUGGAAUUGAAAAAACGAUUACUGUUGGCACUGAUCCAAGUCUAGGAAACCAAUAUGGAGCUAGUCAUCCUCCAAAAUAUGCUCUACCGGUGAUCGAAGCUAAAGGUUCGGGAGCUAAUGCAAUGCCAAGCAUGACCAUGGCUACAGCAUCAUCAAACACGCAGCCAAUGAUGCCAAUGCUACCACCAAUGCCAAUGCCGGUACCGAUGAUUCCACCACACAUGAUUAUGCCACCGAUGCCAAUGCCAAUGUUUAUGCCACCUCCAUUUCCAUUUCCAUCUGGUCCAUAUAUGCCACCAAUGAAUCCUCAACAACAACAAUCUAAAAAUUAGAUGUUAUUGAUGAAUCUCUAAUGAUGAUCAAAUGGAAAAAUCAUUCCAGAUCAAAUUUAAAAAAAAAAAUAAUAAUCCAAAACUGGAAAGCCGGUCUUU